AUGAUAGCAGAAAUCCUCUGCAGAUUAACAGCAAAGGAGCUUCUCUGUUGCAGGUCUGUAUCUAAACCAUGGUGUGCUUUAAUUGAUGGUCCAAGCUUCAUUAAAUUACAUUUAAAGCACUCUAUGGAUACAAGUUCCAACCUUUACAUCAUCCUGAGAACUACUUCACAUGUUCACUACAUGGGUUUUGAUCAAAAUUUAGUUUUAAAUGAUUGUGUUACUUUGAAAGAGUUGAAUCAUCCUUUGAUGUGUUAUAAUCAUGGGAUUAAAGUUUUAGGUUCUGUUAAUGGGCUGCUUUGCAUUUCUAAUGUUGUUGAUGAUAUUGCUUUGUGGAACCCAUCAAUUAGAAAGCAUCGGGUGGUGCCCUUUUUGCCUAUUGAGCUGAAAAGGUAUUUUGGGACUAAAUCUUGUCAUGUGUAUGUGUUUGGAUUUGGGUAUGAUUGUGUCCGGGAUGAUUACAAGGUUGUUAGGAUUGCGCAGUUUGGAGGUGGGGGGAUGAGGAGUUUUGAGUCUGAGGUUAAGGUUUAUAGUUUGAGGAAGCAAUCGUGGAGGAGGAUUGGUGAUAUGCCUUAUUGUGUUCACUAUCCAGGUGCAAAUGGGGUUUUUGCCGGUGGUGCUUUACAUUGGGUUGUGGGUGAGAAUCCUGAAUCAAAUGUGGCGAAUAUAGUUGUUGCAUUGGAUUUAGAAGCUGAGGAUUAUAAGGUGGUGCCACAGCCUGAGAACAAGGAUAAGAAUUUUAAUAUUGAUUUAGGGGUUUUGAGAGGAUGCCUGUGUUUUCUUGCAAAUUUUCAAGGCGAACGUGUUGAUGUGUGGACGAUGAAGGAGUAUGGGGUAAAGGAGUCUUGGACUAAACUGUUUUCGGUUGCACGGCUUGAGUUCAUUGGGUUUCUUAGAACUCUUAAACCUUUAGCUUAUUCAAAGAGUGGUGAUGAAGUUCUCAUCGAACAUGACAACUUCGACCUUUAUUGGUAUGAUCUGAAGAGGCAACGAGUAAAGAAUAGGAUUCCUGGAAUACCAUAUUCGUUUGUAGCAGAGACUUUUGUAGAAAGCCUUAUUUCCCUCAAUCCCAAUAGGCAUCUUGAUGGAAGGACACAAGAUGAAAAUGAGGAGUUGAAAGAUAGGAAUAAGAGGGAUGAUUUCUUAUCCGAGGGGAACCAAAUUGCUCCAACUAGUGAGAAGCCUCAAAAGCAUUUAGUCCUUCGUUUUAAUGGAAAAUUCGGGAGGUCUGCUGUUCCAUUUGAUAAGAUGGGCAGAUAUGUUCGGAUGAGUGUGUUUAGGUUGCAAAAAUGCAAUUUGGUUGAGAGUUCUGAGCCAUGUCAACCAGAGAUAACAGCCGAUAUUCUAAGCAGACUACCGGUUAAAGCUCUCAAACGUUUCAGGUGCGUAUCAAAAUCAUGGUGCAAGGAAAUCGAAAGUCCAUAUUUCCUCACCAUGCAUCUGCAGAAGUCAUCACAAGCACACUCCAACCUGGGGCUUAUCCUUGGAGAUAUAUUUUCCACCGAGUUAAACACUGUAGACUUAGAGAAACUAAAUCUCACCUCCGUAGAACUAUUUGAAAGUAACAGAGGCAGGCUUAUUGACACUAUUGCCCUCUAUAACCCAAGUACUAGAGAAGAGAAAGUACUACCCUUUUCACACUCUGAGUUACACAUACCAAGUGGUAAGGUAUAUGACGAAGCAAGUUGGGAAUGGACUCUUUAUGGAUUUGGGUAUGACCCCAUGAACGAAGACAAUAAACUUGUGAAAAUUGUUGACUAUUAUGGUGAUACUCUUGAUAAGUGUUUCUUUUCUGAGGUUAAAGUUUAUAGCUUGAAGUCUAAUUCUUGGAAAAGAAUCAAGGGUUACCCUUAUUACAGUAUUGUCCAAAGCGAGCAUCACCCUGAUAAUAACAGGGUGUAUGGUGUGUUUGCUAAUAGUGCAGUUCAUUGGGCAGCAAGUACUGAAAUGAUAGUGCAAUGCGUUUUGCCAAAUAUAAUCGUUGCAUUUGAUUUUGGAGUUGAAGGGUUUAGGACAAUACCGAAACCUGCAGAUUAUCUGCCCAAUGAGCAUCAUUAUUUCGAUUUGGGGGUUUUAGGAGGGCGCUUAUCUCUGCUUUGUACUAAGAUUGGGUUGUAUGUGAAAAUAUGGGUGAUGAAGGAAUAUGGUGUGAAGGAAUCUUGA